AUGGCUCGCAAGAAGGGUGUGCCUCAGCGCUCUGGCCUCACACGCGCCGACUACGAACGGACGCAGCGGGAAGAGGCAGAGAAGGAGCGUCUGGAGGAAGAGGAGCGGAGGAGGAGGCAGACGGCGCUCGCGGCGAUGGUGCAGGCGCGAGGGCCAAGCGGUGGUACUGCACAGUCCAGCUUCCAAGCGCCGGCUCCGCCUCUGCCGCUUCCUGCGGGCGUGGCCGCUCCCUUUGCCCUCCAGCACACUCCUUCCCCACCUGUCCCUCUCGCGACGGCUUUCCUGCCUUCUAUACCGCCGCCUACGAUCGCCGGACCCGCUCAGGUCUCCACGAUGCAGCCUGCAUACGCACCAGCAGGUCCGCCGAUGCCUCGGCUGGGCUCAUAUGGCCCGUCUUCCCUUCCUCCGCCUUCUCAGACCAACUCGCUUCAGCCGCAACAGCAGCCAAAAUUCGAGCAUCCGCCCGGCCUGAACCGCUACGCCGAGCUGUACAUCCCUGUAUGGCUUCGGCGGGUCAACGCCGACGUGCCCUUCCAGACUAUCCCUCGAAGCCCGGCCGAAUCCUUCUCCAUCGACUAUCAGCCUCUGCACAACGCCAUAUACCCGCCGCAGCUCAUCUCGCAUCUCCAAGACAUCGAGCGAGCGAACUCCUCUCACAUCCUGCGCGACCACUUCACUCGAAGCCGUGCACAAUCACCCUCGUCGGGUCCAGGUCGACCGCCCGCCCUUCCUCUUGCGCCGCAAACAUACGCCGGGCAUUGGCUACCUCUCCAACAAGCGGAAUACACUGCUCGCGGCCUCCAGCUGCAGCAGGCGAACCUCUACGCUGUCCCUCUUCGUCCGGUGGCGCGACACCCCGCCGAUCCGCCUGGCCCUCCUCUAUACAUCCUCGAAGCCCGCUCCAUCCGCGAAGGCUGGCCGCCUGUCGACCUCGGCGACAUCCUCAACCUUCGGCAGCUGCGACCAGCGUACUCGACCUGGCAAGGCCUCGAGUUUCACGCGAGCGUUGCGGGCAUCAACCGGGCGGCUGGCGAGGUCAUGUUGCGCUGUGACGGGCUGCGAGGCUAUGAGGAGUCGAUGGUCUUCAACGUCAUCUGGCGGGUCCAGGACAGGAUCUUUAAUGAAUGGCGGCACGCGACGGAGCUACUCCAGCUUCAUCUCGGCAAUGAGAAGGCGGCGACGAGCGCAACGAACGGAACGCCGACGAAGCGACGGCGGACUGCGGUCGAGAGCUGGCUCUUCCCGGAAAAGGAGGAUGUCUCGCUCGAUGCAUCGGCCCCGACCAAGGAGGACCUCGAGCCGGACUGGGUCGACUCGAGCCUGAACGAGGAGCAGAGGAACGCGGUACGGUCGAUGCUUUGGGGCCGGCACCGCUGUCCUCUCCUUCUUCACGGUCCGCCCGGGACGGGCAAGACGAAGACGCUUGUCGAAGGCGUCUUUCAGAUCCUCGCGCGACAUCCAGACGCCCACGUUCUCGUCUGCGGCGCCUCCAACCCUUCCACCGACACUCUCGCUACGCGAUUACGAGCCCUCGGUCCGAAGAACCUCUUCCGCCUCAACUCGCCCAGUCGGCCCUUCGCCGAAGUGCGUGGCGAGCUCUUGCCCUUCUGCCACGUCGAGAACGACCGCUUCGCCCUCCCGAACAUGUCGACGCUUCUCUCGAAACGCGUGAUCUGCUGCUCAGUGCUGGACGCGAGCAUCCUCCUGAAGGGACGCGUGACGAACCACGACCUGUCGAGUCUCGAGGUGUACACCGCGGGCAGUAUCCACCCGCACAAGCCUCCGCCUCUCGCCCAACCGCACUUCGCAUACCUCCUCGUCGACGAGGCGGCGCAAGCGACCGAACCGGACAUCGCAUGCGCCCUCAACGUCGUAGCGACAGACGACUCUCGUUGCCACCGAGCUCACGUCACGGUCUGCGGAGACCCGAAGCAGCUCGGCCCACAUAUCGUUUCCGAGGAGGCGAGGAACCAAGACUUCGACGUCUCGCUGCUUGAGCGGCUGAUGGAGCGACCAAUCUAUGCCGACCAUCCGUACUCGCGGCGGAACCGGUCAAGGCACCCGGAUGUGCGCUGGGAGAUCAAGUCAACUCCGUUCGUCGACCUGGUCCGCAACUUCCGCUCAACACCCGAGAUCUUGUGGCUGCCUUCGACGCUCUUCUACCACGAAACGCUCAUCCCGAACGCCUCGCGAAGCGUGCAGGAGAGCCCGCUACGAGCGUGGUCUCGCCUUUCGAACCCCGGCUUCCCCAUCCUCUUCCAGCACGUCAACGGGCAGGAUAUGGACAUCGACGAAGGAGCGAGCUUCUACAACAUCGAGGAAGUGGACGCCGUUGUCAGCCUCAUCCUCUCGCUCGUUCGGCCACCUGUCGACCAGUCGGCGCACGGCAUGGUUGCGGCGAAGGAGAUCUCGGUCAUCAGUCCGUUCCGCGAGCAAGUCUGGCGUAUCCGUCUCGCUUUGCGAGCCGUCCAGCUCGGCGAAGUAGACGUCGGGAACGUCGAGGCGCUGCAGGGUGCCGAGAACCGCAUCGUUAUCAUCUCGCCUGUUCGCUCGAAGGAGCUUCGCUGGCUUCCCAUCGACCGCGCGCAAGACCGAGGACUGCUGCACGCGCCGAAGCGUUUCAACGUCGCCAUGACGCGGGCCAAAGAGCUCCUUGUAAUCGUCGGCAACGCGCACACUCUUACGGCCGAUCCAUGGUGGCUCGCCUUCUACCGCCUCUGCGUCCGAAAUAACUGCUACGUCGGCCCGCCUCUCGCCAAUCCCGCAGCGAAAGAAGCCGGUCACGCCGUCUCGAAGCUCGAGCAGCGCUACCACGCCGAGCGGUCAUCCCGCAACUCGCCCGCCCUUUCGCCCGGUGCGAACGGCAAAGCGGACGGCGACGACAGGCAGGCGCAGGACAAGGCCUUCGACAUCCUGAUUGGCCGGCUCGUCAGCGCGACAGUCAACGAGGACGAGUCUUGA